CAUCACCGUCCUUGUUGGAGAAGCAGCCGGGAACUGCCUGGUAGAAACGGGCUUAUUUUUAACAGCUUAAGUUACCUUUUUGGGUAAAUUAUGUCUGUGAAACACGCUAUCAGCCGAGGGCUAGAGUUGGGCCGGUCGGUCUUUCAGCUGGGUCUCCUAAAAUCCGGUGGCCGAGUCGCAGCAAAGCUCCGAGCUGACCGUUUUCGUGUAGGCCCGUCGGUCCGCACCGUUCAGCCUCAGGCUUUCCUGCCGUCUCGGUACCGCUACUACCGCACCUCUCUGCGGGGCCUGGCAGCCCAGCUGCAGUCCGCCGGCUUCAGGCGGAGAUUCACCGGAGCGUCCCCGAGAAACAGGGCCGUGUUUCUGGCUUUUGGUCUCGGUGUGGGGCUCAUCGAACAACAGCUGGAGGAUGACAGAAAGACUGUGGCGACAUGUGAGGAGAUCCAGGCGGUGUUUAGGAAGAAAAGGUUCCAGAGCCCACUCAAGCCGUUCACCUCUGGAUAUAAAUUGGAGGAUUACAUCAUUGGGAAUCAGAUCGGGAAAGGCUCCAAUGCUGCUGUGUACGAGGCUGCAGCUCGGUUUGCUCCGCAGAAGGAGAGUAACGUCGAGAACUCUUUUGUGCAGCUGAGAGAGAGGAGGAGGAGGGAGGAGGAGGAGGAAGGAGAGAAGGCUCGAUCUCUGACAUGCUGCUCGCUGAGAACCUUCCCCAUGGCGAUCAAGAUGAUGUGGAACUUUGGGGCAGGAUCGUCAAGCGAGGCGAUAUUAAGAUCCAUGUCGCAGGAGCUGGUGCCUGCCGGCCCCCUGGCCUUAAAGCAGGAAAAAGGACAGCUCACUCUGGAUGGACAUUUUGGAGUCCUGCCCAAAAGAGUGUCGGCACAUCCUAAUGUGAUCAGAGUGCACCGGGCUUUCACAGCGGACGUCCCUUUGCUACCGGGUGCCCAAGAAGAGUAUCCCGAUGUGCUGCCCGCCAGGCUUAACCCGGCUGGCCUGGGCAACAAUCGCACUCUUUUCCUCGUCAUGAAGAACUACCCCGGCACGCUGCGACAGUACUUGGAAAAGUCCUCACUGGGCGGCAGGCAGAGCUCCCUGAUGGUGCUGCAGCUCCUCGAGGGGGUCGACCACCUCUGCAGACAGGGUGUCGCUCACAGGGAUCUCAAAUCGGACAACAUACUGUUGGAGUUUGACUCGGAGGGUUGCCCUCGUUUAGUCAUCGCUGACUUUGGCUGCUGCCUGGCCCAGAGUGACUCCAACCUACAGCUGCCCUUCAACAGCAUGUGGGUCAGCAGAGGAGGGAACGCCUCCCUGAUGGCCCCUGAGGUGGCCUCUGCAGUUCCAGGCUGUGGUGUGGUGAUUGACUACAGCAAGGCGGAUGCCUGGGCUGUGGGGGCCAUCUCUUAUGAGAUAUUCGGCCAGAAUAACCCGUUCUAUCGUCCGGCGGGACUGCAGAGCAGGAGUUACCAGGAGAAGCAGCUUCCACCUCUGCCCUCCAGCGUUCCAGCUGAUAUGCAGCUCGUGAUCGGAUUACUCCUCAGGAGGAACCCAAGCAAGCGUCCCAGUGCCCGUGUGGCAGCUAACAUGCUACAUCUCAGCCUCUGGGGACGAAAGGCUCUGGCCAACCAGGACAGCGUUGGCAUAAAGAAGCUAGUUGAUUGGCUGCUGUGCCAGUCUGCUGUGGUUCUCCUGAGGGGCUGCAGUGGACCCAGCGGGAACACGGUGGAGGCGGAGCUUCAGAGGAGCUUCCUGUCUAACCUGGACCUGGAGGAGCUGCGUACGGCUGUGGGCUUCCUCCUGUACGGGCGGGAGCAGCGUCAGGCCAGCAUACUGUCUGCAUAGAUUCACUCUUACUCAUUCAGACACAUAGAUUAAGAGUUGCUAAAAUGUAAAGACUGGAAGUUUAGGGAUAAAACUUGCUUUAAUUUUCAGUGAGACAUCUUUGUAAUAUUUACAGACCUGAAACUCAAAUCUAAUGGCUGUUGAAGGAAACUCCACUGACACUGUCCUCUUAGACUGUUGUGCAUCAUUUGUGACUGUCAGUGUCUUCCAGCAGUUUUUCUGAAUUAUCAAAUAGUGUAAUUCACUCCUAAACUAGUGCUGUCCAAUAUUGUUGAAUUUCCUGAUCUGAAUUUCCCACAGUGUCUGCACAAACUCAGCAUUUCUGCAGGAUCAGCAGGAGUUAAAUCAAAGUGCUGCUUAUGCCCCUUUUUUAAAAAAAAAAAAAAAAGCGACCAAUCUUGUGGGUGCAUUGCAUCACCAACAAUUGAGACUACUUUGCUUGGAGAAAAAAAAAUCUUGAUGUUUUCUAUAAUUAAUAUCUCUGUAAACGAUUGUUGUUUGUGAACACCAAACAACUAAAUUAGCCAUAAAAAUGUAAGUUUAUUUAGGAGUGGAUAUUUUCUUUUACGAGCUCUGAUACACUUUUUUAGAUAUUUGCCAAGAAAGACUACGCACUAUAUUAAUUACCUAUUUGCUUGAUUUAAAUGGGUCUGAGCAGAAGUACUGGACUGAUAAGGUUAAGGACAAUGCAGAUAUUUUACCAAAAAAAUGAAACAACAUACUGUAUAUGUUAGACCCUACUGUGUAGGGUGAUAAUAAGUUUGACAUAUUCACAGGUAACGUCAUGUGGCCCUUAAACAGCUAGUUGUCCAUCAGAUUGUCAGCUGUGAACUGGUUGGGUGUCGGUGUAAAUUUGUGAGGCAAACAAUCACUUAUUCAGCCCGUUCUGCACAACGUCAAAACCUCCCCAACAGGUUACGACAAAGUUAUCACAGUGAUGACGGUAGAUGGGAUUAUGCAGAUUGUUGUUGUGAUUUUGGUUUGUUUUUGUUCCUGUGGUUUGCACUUUAUGUUCAUGUUUGCACUCGCUCAGAGCCUUUGUUAUGGCUCACUGGUGUUAGUUGCCAGCUUAACUAUAAUAGAUUCAGAAAAAUUCUAUUUAAAAAUGAUGAUUUGAACAGAGUGAAUUUAGCCCAUCACACUUCUAUCACUGAACUGUUAUCAGAACUUGCAUCAUAUUAGAAUAAGUAGGUUAUCCUAAUCAUGUGGACAGUGAGGAAUACAAGAAGUAGAGUGUGUAUGUUUUCAUACUGAAGAUGGUGAGACAUAUUUUGGAUAUUUGUAGAUUUUUCUGCUGAGUUUUAGAAUAAAAGUAUUGGUCUGAAAAGAGCACUGAA